UAGGCCAUAACAACCACCCAACAAGGCGUUGUGCUACUAUGGGGAAAUACCGAACCGAACCGCAUAAAAAAACGGUUAAUGAUUAGUUUUUUAGUCGAGAUUAAUGUUGGAAGUCCACCAGAAAGUGGAUGCAAGUGGAAAUUACUGCAUAUUGGGGCUUAAAUGUGGACGUUGACGUCGAGCCGUGCGUAAUGAGCAGAGUUGGAAAAAGAAGGUGUUGAGCUGCAUUUUUUUCUCUCUCUCUGCCAGGGACAACUUGGGUCGGAGUGCUGCCUAAACUAAGAGGUGAUACGAAGAAAAAUAAUGUCCGCGGCGCUCUCUACUCUCUGGCAUGGCAGGCUGGGCCCGAGGCUCUGAGGACGCUUCAGAGGAUCCGUGCCCGACCCACGACUGAGCAUUGAGAGGAAUACAUCGUCUGAGCAGAAUGACUCAGCAAGAGGGGGGACCCCCAAAUAGCAAGUGAAGAGAAGUGAGGAUGGGUGCCAAUGGAUCCAGCUAUCCACACUCAUGCUCCCCACGCAUAGGGGCAAAUGCACAGGCACAGCAGACUUUCAUAGGGACCUCCUCCUACUCUCAUCAGGGAUAUGGCUGGGAGUCUAAACUAUACAGUCUGGAGCACGGCCAUGAGCGACCCACAGACAGGAAGAAGAAAAGCCUUGGUCUGGCGACCCUCAAGCGGCGUUUCAUCAAACGGAGGAAGUCCAGCCGCUCAGCAGAUCAUGCGCGGCAGAUGCGAGAGCUUUUGUCAGGGUGGGACGUCCGUGACACAAAUGCUCUGGUGGAGGAAUAUGAGGGCACAGCAGCCCUCAAGGAGCUGAGCUUCCAGGCCAGCCUGGCACGUCCCGAGGCACCCAGCUUGCAGCGAGACCUGGCUGCCCUUUACCAGCAUAAGUACUGCACUGAUGUAGACCUCAUCUUCCAAGGUACUUGCUUCCCAGCUCACCGGGCCGUCCUGGCUGCCCGCUGCCCCUUUUUCAAGACUCUGCUGUCCUCAUCCCCUGGCUAUGGAGCAGAGGUUCUCAUGGACAUUGAGACAGCUGGCAUUGAUGUGCCCAUGUUCUCUGCCCUACUUCACUACUUGUACACAGGGGAGUUUGGGGUGGGUGGAGCGGAGGACACCAGGCUGCAGAACGUGGACGUACUGGUGCAGCUCAGUGAGGAGUUUGGUACACCCAACUCCCUGGAGGCAGAUAUGAAGGGCUUGUUUGACUACAUGUGUUACUACGACGCCCUGCUUAGCUUCUCCUCAGACUCUGAGAUGAUAGAGAGCUGUAAUGAAAGAGGGGCUGUGGCUGGAGCAGCAACUGGUGUCUCAGGAGGCAGCGGGUGCCCGGGAACUCCAGAUGAGGACCUGAGGGCUCAUAAGGCUGUCCUCUCAGCACGUUCACCUUUCUUUAGGAACCUUUUGCAGAGGCGCAUCCGCACAGGAGAGGAAAUGACAGAGCGCACGCUGCAGACUCCUACACGCAUAGUGCUGGAUGAGUCCAUCAUCCCACGGAAAUAUGUGCAGGUUAUUCUCCACUGCAUGUACACAGAUGGGGUUGAGCUCGGGCUGGUGCUGCGGGGUAGCCCCUCAGCGGGCAGCCUCGGAGAGGUGCAGGCCCUGGUUUCCGGGGGCCGGGGGGCCAGCACACGCACAGAAGAGGCCAUGGAGCUGUACCAUAUUGCGCUGUUCUUGGAGUUCAGUAUGCUGGCUCAAGGCUGUGAGGACAUCGUUGUGGAAAGCCUGUCUCUGGACUCACUCGUCCCGAUCCUGAAGUGGAGUUCCCAGCCAUACGGCUCCAAGUGGGUCCACAGGCAGGCCAUGCACUUCCUCUGCGAGGAGUUCAGUCAGGUUGUCACCUCCGAUGUUCUCUACGAGCUCAGCAAGGAGCACCUUCUCAGCGCCAUCCAGUCCGACUACUUACAGGCAAGCGAACAGGACAUUCUCAAGUAUGUUGUUAAGUGGGGCGAGCAGCAGCUUAUUAAAAGGAUGGCAGACAGGGAGCCCAACCUGUUGAGCGGCACAGCCCACAGCGUAAAUAAGAGGGGGGUGAAAAGGAGAGACCUAGAUGUGGAGGAGCUAAAAGAGAUCCUGUCUCCCCUCCUGCCCUUCAUUCGAACUGAGCACAUCUUGCCUCCACACAGCGACGUCCUCACCGAUGCGCUUAAAAGGGGUUUGAUAAGCACCCCUCCUUCAGACAUGCUGCCCACAGCUGAAGGGGGAAAGGCCAAUGCCUGGUUGAGGCAGAAGAACGCUGGCAUCUACGUGCGCCCUCGCCUCUUCUCUCCUUACGUGGAGGAGGCUAAGUCUGUACUUGAUGAAAUGAUGGUGGAGCAGACAGACCUGGUGCGCUUGCGGCUAGUGCGCAUGUCUAACGUCCCAGACACACUCUACAUGGUCAACAACGCUGUACCGCAGUGCUGUCACAUGAUUAACCACCAGCAAAUGUCAGUUAAUUCAGCCACAGCUCCAUCGGUUGUGGCCAAUGAAAUUCCAGUGCCUCAGCUGUCAGUGGUGAAGGAGAUGAUCCGGAGGCUGCAGGAACUGAGACACACAGAGCAGGUCCAGAGAGCAUACGCUCUCAACUGUGGUGAGGGAGCCACCGUCAGCUAUGAGCUGCAGCUGCGGGUGCUCCGGGAAUUUGGUCUGGCAGAUGGAGCCACUGAGCUACUGCAGAAUCCGUACAAGUUCUUCCCCGAUGAACGGUUUGGAGAUGAGAGUCCAAUUCUGGCUCUGCGGCAGGUGGGUCGGUGUCGGGUAAACAGCAGCCCAGCCAUGGACAGCAUGUUCACAGAGCUGGAAGGGGUAGCAGGCUUCCACCCUCCUCUACCUCCUCCACCUCCCCCGUACCACCCCCCUGCCACACCCAGCCAUGCCCAGCUCAAGGGUGCCUGGCGACCCCGUGUUCCUAUGCCGACCCCCACCCGUUCCUUCUCCUACCCCUGCAACCGCACCCUGAUCCAGCGUCAUGCAGCUGCCAAGCAUGGCAGCUCGGACUACUCCUCUGCGCCCAGGCCCCAGCCCCCAGACUGCACCAACCCGCAGGCUAUGGGCCGAGCUUUGCUUUCAGACCAGCAAGCGAUGAGCAUGGAGCCGGUUAUGAGGGAGUUCAUGCCUGACAUCGCGCUGGGUGUCUCAGUUAUGUCCCUGAGGGAGCAGCACAUGGCAGAGAUGGACAGGGAAGGCCCUCACAGCCCCAUGGGCCCCUCAGGCCACCAUCUGCCCCAUGGGCCCUGCCCUUCUGUCCGACUCAGCCACAGCCACGGUCCUGGACAUGGUCACUCCUGCAAGAGACACGCUCCUGAACCCAAGCUGGAGGCUCAAGCCGAGUUCCCUGACCUGUACGACUUUUCCUGCCGACCUGCAACUCCGACCUCCAGUCACCCUCUGCCCUCCUUUGCAGGACCAGACCUCUACAGCCACAGCUGCACCCCCUCCAGCCCCUAUCCACCCCCCUACAUUUCUGACUCUCAGCCCCAGGGCCACCCGCAGGGACGGACUGCCCCAGACCCACUACGGUUGGAUGUCCUCAGUAUGACCUCUCAGAGGCAUGAUGGAGUUCUUGCCAGCCCCUCUGGAGCCCAGCCUAGGAUGGGACAUAUCCCAAGGGGGCGAUCAAAUGAGACUGACCUGACUCAUGGCUUAGGUCAUUUGCGGUCCCCCAGUGGAAACAUGGACAGCUAUGAGGAGAGGCACACAGGGCCUAGAGAUGCCCCGGAGGACAUGGUUCUUGCUGGAGAAUCAUCAGGACCGGGCUCCCUUCAGCAGCCUCACAGGAACAGUGUCAGCGAGGAGAUCACCAGAGACCGCAGGUCACCCAGCAAGCCUGACUACCCUUACAAGAAAUCUGCACUUUAACCCCACCUGAGGAUCAGGGGUUGAGUUGAGAAAAGGGAACAAGUGACGAGUGGCUGUCCAUCAUAAUGGGUGGCAAAGCACUAAAUGUGUGCCUGUGUGUAUGUGUGCGUGUGUUAAGAGGAGCAGAGGAAAGGGGUGGUCAGUGGUUGCUAUUUAUAGGAUCUGUCCUUUUGUCCUACCUCUAUCACACUGUGCUAUCCAUCACACAGUCAGAGUAUGGAAAGAAUAAGAGCUGUAGGUUAACUGUCAAUGCUCGUAAUUGAUCUGUGGAAGCCUGCGUGGUCCUGCUGGUGUAGAGGAUGACUCUGGCUCCACUGGGAUGGAUUGUAUUCUUGACUGUGGUUGUAAAGGAAGAGGUUAGCUCCUGCAGGUCACAACACUCAAUGUAGCUCAGUCGAGAACUGACGAUUUAACAAAGACUAUAUUCAUGUUGUCUGUUGAUCAUUUUCACCAUAGAACGAGGAACUGGCAGGAUAGGAAUGUUAAUUUACACAAGCAAACAGCGAGCACACAGUCUGAGUAUUGUGAUAAAAUCAAAUGUAAAUAUU